AACAGAACCCCCUCCUCCCGUGCGUCCAGCACCGAUACAGCAGGCAAAGGGUACCGUCAUAUCAUUAGUCACACGGCAACGUUUGGAGACUGUAUAUAAGAUAUCGCCUGAAGCUGAAUAGAUUUCGUUAGAAACAAACGCUGGACAGGCACCUCGCCUUUUGUCACCCACCGCCACCUACAAGCAUUAAGUUCUUGAAGGACAACAGCAAGAUCACCGCAGGAGAAGAUUUGCUGGUUAGCGUUAGUUAAAUAACUGAAUCAUGUUGCUGAGGAAAGUCUCUCAGACUCCGGCUUUGUGCGUCGCUGUCCUCCGGCUCCCACAGUCCACACCAGUAGCACAGCGGCAAGUAGGAGCUGCAGCUGCGCGCAGUGUCCGUCUUUACGCUAGCCAGGCGGCCGAGGCGGUAAUAGAGAAGCCUGCAGUUGGCAGUGAUGCGGCCACCACAGCGGACAAGGUGGAGAAGAAGGCUGCCAGUGUGGAGUCAAAAUCCUUUGCUGUGAACAUGUUCAAGGGGCAGAUAAGCACCUCACAGGUCUUUCCCUUUCCCUCAGUGCUGAAUGAGGAGAAGUUGGAGCUCCUUAGGGAGCUGCUGGAACCAUGUUCGAAAUUCUUUGAGGAGGUGAAUGACCCUGGUAAAAAUGACACACUGGAGAUGGUGGAGGAGCACACCAUGCAGGGGCUGAAGGAAUUGGGUGCGUUUGGCUUGCAGGUGCCUGUUGACCUGGGCGGCCUGGGCCUCACCAAUACACAGUAUGCCAGGCUGGUGGAGCUUGUGGGCUUGCAUGACCUGGGUGUGGGCAUCACUCUUGGUGCUCACCAGUCCAUCGGCUUUAAAGGCAUUCUUCUUUACGGCAAUAAGCAACAGAAAGAGAAAUAUCUGCCCAAGCUGGCCACAGGUGAAACAGUUGCAGCUUUCUGUCUUACUGAGCCAUCUAGCGGCUCGGAUGCUGCGUCCAUCCGAUCCAUUGCUGUUCCCUCCCCCUGUGGAAAGUACUACACCCUGAACGGAAGCAAGAUUUGGAUCAGUAAUGGAGGCCUGGCUGAGAUCUUCACAGUCUUUGCUAGGACUCCAAUGAAAGAUGAGAAAACUGGAGAAGUGAAGGACAAGAUCACAGCUUUCAUUGUUGAGAGAAGCUUUGGAGGAGUCACAAAUGGCCCUCCAGAGAAGAAGAUGGGUAUCAAGGCAUCAAACACCGCAGAAGUGUUUUUUGAGAAUGUGCGUGUGCCUGCUGAAUGUGUUCUGGGGGAGGUUGGAGAGGGAUUUAAAGUGGCCAUGAACAUCCUUAACAACGGACGUUUUGGCAUGGCAGCAGCGCUCUCGGGAACCAUGAAGGGUGCCAUUGCCAAAGCGGUGGACCAUGCUGCCAACAGGACCCAGUUUGGAAGUAAGAUCCACAGCUUUGGAGUCAUUCAGGAGAAGAUAGCUAGAAUGGCCAUGUAUCAGUAUGUUACAGAGUGCAUGGCCUAUAUGGUGAGUGGUAACAUGGACAGUGGAGCAACAGAUUUCCAAAUUGAGGCGGCCAUCAGUAAAAUCUUUGCUUCUGAAGCAGCGUGGAAGGUGACAGAUGAGUGUAUUCAGAUUAUGGGCGGAAUGGGGUUUAUGAAGGAUGCUGGUGUCGAGAGAGUCUUGCGAGAUCUGAGAAUCUUCCGUAUCUUUGAGGGCACCAACGACAUCCUGCGACUCUUUGUGUCACUUAAUGGCUUUCAGAAUGCAGGUAACCAGUUGAAGAGUCUACAGAAAGCUCUGAAGAAUCCACUCGGCAAUGCUGGCUUGCUGGCUACAGAAAUCACCAAACGGGCCAAGAGGAAGGCUGGCAUGAGUACAGGCCUAACAUUGCAAGGAACUGUUCACCCAGAACUUGCUCAAAGUGGAGAGCUGUCCGUUAAAGCCAUUGAACAGUUUGGAGAGGUCAUUGAAGAACUGCUUCUAAAACAUGGGAAGAGGAUCAUUGAUGAGCAGUUUGUGCUGGAAAGAGUGGCAAACUGUGCCAUUGACUUGUACGCUAUGAUUGUUGUGCUGUCCAGGGCCUCCAGGUCUCUGAGUCAGGGUCAUUCCUCUGCUCAACAUGAGAAGAUGCUAUGUGAAACCUGGUGCACCGAGGCAUAUGACAGAAUCACGCAAAACAUCAAGUUCCUGAGGUCAGGCACAUCCAAGCAGAUCUUCAAGAACCUGCGUGCCAUUUCCUCAGCUGUGGUGGAGAAUGGAACAGUGGUAGCCCCCCAUCCUCUGGGAUUCUGAAGACAAAAUUGGCCUUUCCUCUCAUCAGUUGAUCAAUUUCACACUCUAAUCUUCAGCCACUUAUGUCAUCAAUAUUUCUUAUUUUUCAGAAUGAUAUGUGCUGUGAGCUUGGGUGAGUGGAAGGAGUUGUAUUAUACCACCACAAAAAUGUCAGAUUAAUAUGUUAGUUUGUAAGUUAAUGUCAGCUGUACAGACUGUGUUGUUAAUCCACUGAAAUUACAAGAAACAUUUGUGAAAACUUUGUAAAAUAGAGGUAAUCUGAGCGUAGAGUACUUAAAAAAAAAAAAAAAAAGAGGAAUUUUGAGGUCUUUUAUCUGGUGGCUAGAUUUGUUGAGUAAUUCAUACUCUUAUUUUCUAUGGAAAAACAAACACCGAUAGAAGCUAAACACUCUUAACUAAACUUGACUCUGUAUCCAUUUUGUUCCUGGUACAGUGUUUUUCUUUUGACAUUGUACCAGAUGCAGUUUAACUAGGUUAUUAUUAUUUUGGCAUUAUUUUGUUAUUUUACUCCCAUGCCCAUGUACCUAUUUUUUCUUAUCAGUUUUUUCUGUGACUGGUAUGUUUUAUCAAGUAUGAUCAUGUAUAUAUUAGUCAUCAUCAACUGUCACAAUGCCUUAACAAACUGAACCAGAAAUGUACCUUAUUUUGCUAAUUCACUGAGGCAUCUACCUUUUUGGGAUAUUGGUUAUUUUUGCCUGAUAACAUCAUAAUUCCUAAACUGUUUCCAGUGCCACAGGAAGUGUUUUGGUGUUUUCAUAGGCUUAACAGGAAAUGUCAUAUCUUCAGUUGCCAUAUUCACAGAUACCAAAGUGCAAAUGCUCAUAUUUGAUUGACUUAUCACUAUGACUUGAUUCAGGGGACUGUGAAUUCAGAUACGUGUUAUGCAGAUACAUGAAUAAAAAAAGGGAAAUUUUAGUUAUUUGUAGGAUGACUCGUGUGCAUUAUCCUUUCCUCAUGUAGAAAGUCUGCAAGUCCUGACAUUGUAGGUAAAAUCAGUUAAAUGUCUGUAAACUAUAACCACAACCAUCAUCUCUGAUGAUAGAUUGAACUGAUCACUAUAUUUAAUGCAACUUUGGCCAGUGCCUGAAGUUCAGAAUGCAGUUAAAUCUGGUCAUGGUAAGAUGGUUAAGUGCUUUUUAUAGGAAAUCUUAACAUGUCCUUGACUGUAAAAAGAAAUCGAGGCUGUUCUGCUGGAUAUGUUUUGACUGUACCAGAAGUCUUGUAAUUUAAAAGCAAAUAAACUGAAAUCAGUGAAUGAUGAAA